GAAUACAUUUUCACAGCAGCGUGUUCUCGAAUGCGAAUUGUGAAUGGAAUGCGAUCGGUUAUUUGGGAUUUGCAAAGAGUUCGGGAAAACAUAUCUGAUUUCCAGCCACAGAAUCGGAGAUUUGACAUUUGAAAUCAAACGUGGCAAUCUCCUGAGCUGUCCGCCGGAUUGUCAAUGGGGGAGGGUGGAGACAGGGUCUGAUGACAAGAGUUGCUUUUGAAAAAAAAGUGGGAGGCUACGGGGAAGAUUGCAACAGAACUGCAAAGAAAAGGGGGCAUCGCAAAACAAAGUGAGCCGAGCAAACAAAGCGAAACAGCGCAGGAAAACGAAAGGGACUUUAAGGAGAUAACGGAGGGGGCUGGCGAAGGCGGUUGCGAACCAAAGCAAAACUAGGGAGUCGCGGAACAACCGGGGGAAAACAAACGGCAGAAGGGAAGGAGAAACAGCGGGAACCUUGCACCCGUCCAAGUGGGUGAGAUUGCACGACCGCCGCCCUGCAGCAGCGUCGGCAGGAGCCCGGGGCACGAGCCGUUACCAGGGAGCCGGCGGUUGCCAGGGAGGAGCAGGAGCCUCUCUGUCUCUCUCCUCGGUUGCCAUGGACCAGUCGGGUGUACUGCAGGAGACUCUGGCCCCAGGGCACUUCUGCCGGACAGCGGUACAAGGCACGAUACAACAUGGAGAAUCGAAUGAAAGCCGUAUUAUCGGACUUGUGGAGUGCAGUGGUGAAUAUGCGAUUUUUAUGUACGCUCACAGAAGAAUGGCGAUUCUCCCAGAGGACGUUUCAUUGCAAGAAAUAGUGCCUGUGUCGGAAGAUUUAGUCAUUGAAGAAGUGUUUCAGGAUACACAUGUCAUAGGCUCUGAUACGACUGUCAAAAUAACAUCAAGAGAUGUUGAUCUAGAACUUCGGCUUCCCUUUGGAUCACAAGCCAAGAUCUUUCUACAGGAAGCCCACAAAGCACGUGAAGAGUUACUCAAACAAGCUGUCUCUAGAGGAUUCCCACCUCAAUUUCUAUGGCUUUCAAAGUAUAGACAAAAGAAGGAUUUCCAUUUGCACGGAUCCCUGCGGAUGGAACAUGCACAUUGUCCAUCAUCCUCGACCAAUCAGAAAGGCGAUUCUGAUCUGUUAGCAAUCGAACAUGGUGGUAAAGAGAGGGACAGUCGUGUGUGUGAAUCUGGCUGUGUUGAUCCAACUGCAGGAAGACAUUCGUCUGGCCUAGAAACAUGCUCUGAUGCCUCCACAAGCUGCCCUGCACGUCCUCCUGCAACAAAGCCUGAGAAAAUGAAACCUGAUAUAACUGAUGAUAUGGUCCGCAAAGCUGACAUCUUGCCGACAAGUAAAGCGCAAAUCCUCACAAUGCCACAGUUUGGCCUGCGGGACAAUCUGAUCAAAUCAGAGCUGCUGAAGCAAGAAGAGAAAUACACUUACAUCAGAAACUAUAGGAUUUUUGCAGGGACAUACAAUGUGAAUGGCAAGUCUCCCAAGGAGGAUCUGAAGCCUUGGCUGAGCUAUGAUUUUGAACCACCUGAUAUCUACUGUAUUGGUUUUCAGGAAAUUGACCUGAGUAAAGAAACAUUCCUUUUUAAUGAUACACCAAAGGAGGAGGAGUGGUUCGUGGCUGUUUCUGAAAGUCUUCAUCCUUCAGCUACAUAUGCAAAGAUCAAGCUUGUCCGACUGGUUGGAAUGAUGCUCAUGUUGUUUGUGAAGAAAGAACAUGCCGCAUAUGUGACAGAAGUGGAAGUGGAAACGGUUGGAACAGGCAUCAUGGGAAGAAUGGGUAACAAAGGUGGAGUGAGCAUAAGGUUUCAAUUUCAUAACACCACCUUGUGUAUCGUUAACUCACAUCUCGCAGCUCAUACUGAAGAAUGUGAUAGGCGGAACCAAGACUACAAAGAAAUCUGUAGCAGAAUGCGUUUUAUUCAGUCUACUCUGCCACUGACCUCUCUCACAAUCAUGAAGCAUGACAUGAUAAUAUGGCUUGGAGAUCUGAACUACAGAAUAUGUCAUCCAGACGUAGAAGUAAUUAAAAAACUAAUAGCAUUGAAGGAUUAUAAGAAACUCUUCAAAUAUGAUCAGCUAGCAAAACACAUGGAGGAAUCGGGGGUAUUUCAAGGAUUCACGGAAGGACCUAUCCAUUUUCAACCAACCUACAAAUACGAUAUUGGCUCUGAUAAUUGGGACACAAGUGAGAAAUGUCGAGUCCCUGCAUGGUGCGAUCGAAUCCUUUGGAAAGGAAGCAACAUCAAGCAAUUGGAGUAUCGCAGUCACAUGGCUUUGAAAAUCAGUGACCAUAAACCAGUUAGCUCACUCUUUCUAGCUGGGAUAAAGGUGGUCAAUGAAGAAUUAUUUAAAAAGACAUAUGAAAACAUUGUUCGCAUACUGGACAGAAUGGAGAAUGAUUCUAUUCCUUCAGUAUCCUUGUCCAAAACAGAGUUCCAGUUUGAGAAUGUGAAGUUCAUGCAGCUUCAGGUUCAAACAGUCACAAUUGCAAAUACUGGACUAGUGCCCUGUCAGUUUGAAUUCAUCACAAAGCUGGAUGAGCCUUCGUACUGCAAACCAUGGUUCAGUGCUACCCCUAAUAAGGGAAUUUUGAGUGAAGGGGAACGGAUAGAAAUUGAAUUAGAAGUGUAUGUGAAUAAAUUUACUGCACCCUCAUUAAAUAUGGGAACGGACCGCAUUGACGAUAUUUUAAUCUUACAUCUACAACGAGGAAAGGAUUACUUCCUGGCUAUUUCUGGGAAUUACCUCCCAAGCUGCUUUGGAUCCUCAUUACAAGCACUUUGUUACAUGAAGGAGCCAAUCCGAGAAGUGAAACCCGAAAGAAUACAGGAACUGGAAAGAAUGGUAAAGGAGAAUGGACCCUUUGACAGCUUAGCAAAUGAGGAGCCACUUGACAUCCCUAAAGAAAUCUGGAUGUUGGUCAACCACCUGCACCGCAAUGCUUCACUCCAGGGUGACCUGUUCCAACAGCCAGGACUGAAGUCAGAAUUUGAGGAAAUAAGAGACUGUUUGGAUACUGGAAUCCCAGAUUUUCUCCCUGGCAGUAACCAUUCUGUAACUGAAGCACUGUUGCUCUUUCUGGAUGCCCUUCCAGAGCCAGUCAUCCCUUACAAUUUCUACAAGAAAUGUUUGGAGAGUCCAUGUAGUUACGCUCAGAGCGAACAGGUUGUUACCACAAUACCUCAAAUCCAUAAGAAUGUGUUCAAUUAUUUGAUAGCUUUCCUUCAAGAUCUUCUGAAAAAUGCUGUUUACAACAACCUCGAUGUAGCUACACUUGCAAGCAUCUUUGGAGCACUCUUGCUGAGACCACCUCCCAGUGCCACAAAUCAGGGUGAUGUUAUUGAAAAUAAGAAGGCAGCACAGAUGUUCAUUGCACGUUUAUUAUUGCUGAAGGAUUGUUAACCGAAGCAGCCUAACCCAGCCAACAUAGUGUUUAUUUUCUAGUUUUCAAUAAAACUGUACAAUAUCAGUCAAGAGUAUUUUUGUAUAAAGGUAAAUAUCUUUAGAGUUACGCAAGCAAUUGUGGAACACAAAAUGAAGAUUCUACUUACUUGUAAUCUAAUUAUCUUCAUAUGUUUCAAGAUUCAGAGCUGGAGUCAUUCUUGUGACCUCCUUAGAGAAGCAUUUUAUAAUGCUUUUGAUAUCAUAUUUUGUCAUGCAUCAGGUGCAGGGAACUGCCAAUUUUGUAUGCACGUAAUUUUAUAGUUUGAAAAUGCAGUCACCAUUUAACAAAAAAAAACCAAGAAAACCCAGUACAGAUGGAAAUCAGAAACAAAAACAGAAAUUGCUGGAAAAGCUUAGCAGGUCUGACAGCACCUGUGGAGAGAAAUCAGACUCAACAUUUUGGGUCCAGUGACCAUUCCUCAGAGCAGUCAUUGGACUCAAAAUGUUCACUCUAUUUUGUCCUCACCACUUAGUCUGGCCCUGAAUGCAUCAGGCACAUAGUACAUAACAUUUGCUAUACGUUUUCAAUACAAAGGCAGUACUUCAACUGAUUUAAGCACAGAAAGUAUUUUGAGGUUAUUCAGAUAAUUGCUUCACAUAUAAUUCAAAUAUAAUUGCUCACCAUUCAGUCAUUUCAGGCUGUCCCAACUUGUAGAGUUGACUGAUACUGGAGUUGUUUGGACAGUGCUGGCUAUGGUGAUGAAGUGACCAAACCACUGUCUAUUUAGUUCCAUUCUGCUCUAUGUGAUAUAAUGAAAACUUUGCAUAUUGCAUAGACUGUAUCCAGGUAUAUUUUCUAAAAAAUCAGAUAAAUAUAACAAUAUAGAGUCUCAGAAGUCCUCUUCAGAUUAACAACAUCCAAUUUUGACUGUGAGUUGGACAGAAUUGGGAGACUGCUUUGAUGGAGCCACUUUCUGACCAUUGUUUGAGCGCAUCCAUAAGAAAUAUUGAAGGAGUAGAUAUCUGAUGACAGUACUUAAACAAUAAUGUUAAAUCUUUAAUUUCUGAAGUUGUCAAAAUUCUGUGUAAAAUUGAUCUAACCCACAACUUUGGGUACUGCAUUUGGUGGACAAUCACAAUCAUAAGAUGUUUACAAAGUUAGCAGGAUAAUAGUCUUUGUGGAUUGAAUGUCAGUCACAAGAAGUUGCCCCCAUGCAACAAAUAUGGUUUGUUACCUUUUAAUUUGCAAAACAUGCAGUGAUAGAUGUGAUUUCAAGCUACUGAUAUCAGGGUAGAAUUAAUUUGAUCAAUACGCCUGUCCAAGUACACAGACUCAUUCACAGGGAGAAAAAUGGUACCAGACUUACGCAAAACAUUUCCCAUGUUUAAACAAAGUGAAUCAUCAGAGCAAAGAAUUUCUAAGUGAAAAGAUUAUAUCAGUGACUAAAAGAGAAACUGAUGGAGCAAUAUGCAGUGUUUGCAAAUCUCAGGCCGUGGAAUGAAUCUUCAUUUGAUCUGUUUAGAGUUAUAAAGGGGAUUGUGUAUAUAUGAAAGCUUUUCUUUCCUUAGUCUUGAUCAAAGGUUUGACAAAUCGAGUCACGGUUAAAUCAGGACUUCUGUAUAAAUUUGCUUAUCUUUGUAACAUAGCAACUGCAGUCAGAGCAAACAAGCAUUGAACAAAACAGAACGUGUAAUAAAUACCUGUAAUUCAACACCUACAUUCUGGUGUCUCCAAGUGAAGUGGUUACCCUAGUAUUAAAUUUGUACACUUCGGCAAAUUUGUUAAUCUUACACUGAACUUGCAUGUUGCAGGAUUAAGUUGAUUUAUUCCAUUUAUGCUUAGAUCGUGUAUAUUUUUAAACCUUAAAUUCAUUGUAAUGAUUCUUAUGAUUGUAUCUUUUUAUUACUCCCGUCCAUUUAUUACUCCUUCUCAGUAAUUUGAUGUUGUAUUUUCCAUUUUAUUUUUCUAAUUUAUGGGCCAAAUUCUAACUCACUCAAAAGCAAUUCACCUGCACAAAAUCAGAAUCAAGCCUUUGUACGUACUUUAUGGUGUGAAGUAAUUUCACUCUUUUCUGUGAAACAGAAUUCUGAAGCUUUUAUUAUAUAUAAGGCUUUUCUGGUUUGAGUGAUUUCACAUGUUGGACAAAACUCAGGGAUUCCUCCAUGAUAAUAUUAUUCACUGUUGUCUUAUUCCAUUUUAUUUGUCUGAGGGAAGUUAACAUUUUCACUCCUUGGUCACCAUUUCUCCUCAAGAUCUUCUUGAGAGCCUUUAGCUUUUGAAGCCAAUAGAGCAGUGAGGCUAUUAAAGGAUACCCAUUCCCAAGCCACUGAUACAAAUUGUUCUUGACAAGCUGCCAGGAGACACCUCACAGCAGUUACAAAUAACUCCUUAUUUGUUAUAUAGUUUCUCCAUUUCCUUCUCUACCUCUCAUGGAGUAGCUGAACAGCUUCCUACAGACAGCAACUUCAUGGAAAAGGUUUGAGGUUUAAAGUUCAUCCCUAUGCUACACCUCCACUAUACUUCUUUAAAACUAUACUGAGACAUAAAAAACAAUUUUUGCCACUCUUCCACUUUGGCUGAGCGCUGAAGCUGAUUGCUGAGUAUUUCCAUUGUGCUUAAACAGGCACACUUUAAAUGCACAGGUAACCAGAUGAAUCAACUGUAAAAUUUGUUGAAUUUCAGAAUCUGUGUGCGGCCAGAACUUUAAUAUACAGACUUCUAAGAUUUCCAGGUUCAUAUUCUGGUAAUGCAUUUGUUAUUUGAGAAUUCUAAUAUGGUGCUGAAAAUGUUCAAAUUCCAUAAAACAUUACUUCAUAAAAGUUAUUUUCAACUGCUGUCUUUGAAUCCAUGUUGUCAUGGCAGAAGGUAUGGUGUGAUAGAUUCUGGCUUGAUAGAUCAAAGUUGGAACGUAAAAAUAUUCAAACAGUGGAUUUGAGUUUGAAUACUGAUUCAAUGUCAUCAUUAAAUAAUUACAGGCAACAUGAAAGCGAUUUAGCUUAUCUUAAUAUAUCUAACUAGACUGAACCAAAAGUCCAUCUAUUUCAUUGUCCAGUUUGGUUUUUUGUCAAUAGUUGUGGUAUUUUUGCCAUAUCUUCUAUAUGAAAAUUAAAUAUUCUUUGUAAGAAGAAAGUACUCCUGGCAAUCCACCAGUAUUUACUUGUUUAAACAUGUGAUCUGAAAAUUUACCCAAAAUACAUGUAGUUUUGAGCUAAACUGAUAGCCUUGCUUGUGGCUUACCUCAGUCCACUUAGGAUGUCUCAUUCUGAAAGCAAGGUUUAAGUAGGUUUGGAGCAGGGACCUUCCAUGAUGAAUCUCCAUCUUAUAUCGAGUUCUGCUCACAAUCAACGUGUUUCACAUGAUCCUAAUACCUUCAGUUUAAAAUUCAUAACAUCGAAAUUAAAUCUUGUCUGGGUGCAACUGCUCCAUUUCUACAAUAUCCAUACUCUAAUCUCUCCAUUUCACUGGAUCUUGAAUCCUGUGCAUCCACCUGUCUUAGCCCUGUUAUUGGUUUCAGUAAUCUUGGCUCCAUGAUCAAAAUUUCCUGUGCUAAAUAUCCCCGUUUCUUGUUUUGGUCUAUGUAAACGCAAUGUUGUUCACUCUGUUGCUGUAAAAAUGAUAUUAGCUUUACAUCUAUUAAUUGAUUCUAUUAGUUUACCCAACAUUAAACUGAUAGUGGUAUAUUUCUCAUUAAUGUGUGUCUUAUUCUUCAUCCUUUUUGACUGCAGAAUUUGGCCACUUGUCAAUUGAGAAGAAGUGACCAGUGGCUUCCUUGUAUCAAUUAUCACUUCUCUAGGCUCUAAUUCCUGGUUUUCUUUGCCAUUCUGAAAUUAAAGUUUCAUUCUUGCUGCUUAUCCAGUAUAUGGUAAAGGAUGCAUAGAAAUUUCCACCAAUAUUGAGAAGAUUGCAGUUAUUAUUUUUGAUCUCUGCCCCAAACUCAGUUCCUCAACUACCAACUCAAUCCCUCUGUGGCUAAAGUCUGAGGUUAAAACCAGUCUGUCCGCAGCCUUGGCAUAUUUAAUCCUGAAAUGAGCCUCUGACUUCACAUUCUCAUACUAUGUCUAAGACUGGGUAUUUCCACUUCUGAAAUAUCUCAUAACUUCAUCCCUAUCUCAGCUCAUCUGUUAAUGAAAUCUCAUCCAUGACUUUGUUAUCUCUAAACUCAACUAUUCCGAUGUACUCCUGGUUGAUCUCCUACAUUGCACCCUCAGUAGAUGUGACAUCAUCCAAAUUAUGCUGCCCAUCUCUUAAGUUCCAUUGUCUUCUCAUCCUAACCUGUUUGUAUUAUUUGUGGCUCUGAUUCCUUCUUUGGUUACCUUCCUGGUAUUGAAACAAUGAAAGAAUUGUUUAUAUCUGCAGCUUUUUUUUUUCAAAUAAUGUUGUCUUUCUGAAAUAUCCUCCUAGCACAUUUCUUAAUGUUUUAUAAUAAUCCUUGAGAACUCCGUCUUCUCCUUGUAGCAUCUUAGUUAAUUUGAUUCUGUUCUGUUGAGAGGCAUGUAUGUCUGUAUGUAUUUGUGUUGCAUGUGUAACAUUAUACCCUUAAAAAUAUACCACUGCUGCAUUAUGGAAAUAUUGUUGAACCUGCUCCUCCCAUCUUUUCUUUGAAAUGAUCUCUUUUAAAACUAUAAACUUAUCAUUGCAUUGUGUUGAUUUGCAAGCUUCAGUACAACUCAGAAUGUAUUGCAUUUUAGACAGUUAAACUUGCCUUGGAAACUUGUGCCAAAUCACUGACUGACACAAAUUAAUAUUUGUGUGGGUUCUUCAUGUCAGUUGUCAGUGUCAUGAUCCCAGCUGCGAUGCUGACAUCACCUAUUUACAUCCAAUUGAGCAUAAUAUGCCCUGACCAGGGGCAGUGACAAAAGUUUCAUUUAAAUAGGUAUCUCCAUGCACAAGCAAGGUUCGAUAUUCAGUUAUCAGGAAAACCCCCCACCCUGCCAGAUCAUAAUAUAUUAAUAGUUUAUUACUGUACGAAACUGGUAUAAUGAUGUGUGGGCAGAGGUACCGAUUACCACAGUAAAUAAAUGCUUGAGGUAUGGUAAUGUUUUAAAUAAAGAGCAAAAAUUUCUCCCUCAUGGUUAACCAUAAUAAGUAAUGAGGCCAGAAUAGCCAAAUCCCAAGCUUCAGGCAGCAUAAGAACAGAUCAUAAGCAGACUUUUUCAAUCCCAGCAGCAUAUAGGUUUUUAAAGUGACAUCUGCCAUCUGUUCCAGUUAAUUAUGUAGAGCAAACAUUGACCAAGCAACCGAUUGAGUACUCCAGCAUCACUUUCUAGGUAGGCCUUCCAGUAGCUGUAGCUAACGGACUUCAGUAUCUAAAGCAUGUGUUCAGUAGGCUGAUUAGUGAUAGCAUGGUGCUUCAUCUGUAAAGAAAAGGGGUAGAAGGGUCAACAGUGCGAGUUGUCAUAUCUGCCACCAUUAACAGGCUUGUGGAAAAGGCCAUCACACCCCCUGACUGUAUGGGGGGAAGAAAGCAAGAUUUGGGGUCAAAGAAUGUGCAAUUCAAGUUCCUGAAAGAAAUUUCAACAGCAAAAAUCUUGUAGAAACACCAUACCUUUUGCUGAUUUUGUUAACAUGGAUUGUGUGUCUGGCCUUCCUUUCUGUCUAUGCUGAAAAUUUAUGAUGCAGUAUGUAUCAAAAUGAAUCACUGCAUAACAAAGUGUAUAUCAGCUAUUAAAGGUGACACGCAACUGAUGUUUUUUUGCCCCAGGGACUAAGAGCUAUCGAAUUGCUGGACCAACUAUUUAAUAUUCUGUUAUGUAAUGCAAAGUUGUUACUUUUGUAUGUAUGUGAUUUAUUAAA